UGUCGACGUUCUCUAGAGUUUUCCAUUAAACAUUUGUUUACUAUGUAGAUGCUUUGAAGGACAAAAUAUUUUAUAGAAGAAAACGAAAUGGCUUUGCUUAGACGUCUUCUCUCUCCCAGAAUAACACAGAUAAUAGGCUGUCAAGCUAGGCAACUGUCAACGUCUUCCAAUUGUCAAAAUGUGGAUCGACCACAGUUUCCAGGAUCCCGAUCAGAGUAUUCUACCAAGUUAGAAUUUAUUAAACCUGAUGACUUCAAAGGCAUACCAGUAUACAGAGUAAUGAAUGCUAAAGGAGAAAUUAUACCAGGCGGUUUGGAUCCAAAGUUAGACGAAGCAACAGUGCGGAAGAUGUAUCAAAGUAUGACUCUACUAAACACCAUGGAUCGUAUUCUGUAUGAAUCACAGCGUCAAGGAAGAAUAUCAUUCUAUAUGACAAACUAUGGGGAGGAGGGUACACAUGUAGGAUCAGCUGCUGCUUGUGAUCCACAGGAUGUAGUGUUUGGACAGUACAGGGAAGCAGGAGUUAUGAUGUGGCGAGGUUUUACACUAGACCAGUUUAUGAAUCAGUGUUAUGGUAACUGUGAAGACAUGGGUAAAGGUAGACAGAUGCCAGUUCAUUACGGUUCUAAAGAUUUAAAUUUUGUGACGAUAUCAUCAACACUAGCAACACAAAUGCCUCAAGCUGCUGGCUCUGCCUAUGCCUUGAAAAGGGGAGAUAAGAAGUUAUGUGUGAUAUGCUACUUUGGAGAAGGUGCAGCAUCAGAAGGUGAUGCACAUGCUGCAUUUAAUUUUGCUGCCACACUUGAAUGUCCUAUUAUAUUUUUUUGUAGAAACAAUGGUUAUGCCAUAUCAACACCUACAAGUGACCAAUAUAGAGGAGAUGGUAUAGCCUCUCGUGGAGCAGGAUAUGGUAUGGAUACAAUAAGGGUGGAUGGUAAUGAUGUAUUUGGAGUAUAUAAUGCAACAAAGGCAGCACGAGAAAUGUGUGUCAAAGAAAACAGACCAGUUCUGAUUGAGGCAAUGACUUACAGAAUUGGACAUCACAGUACUUCAGAUGACAGCUCUGUUUACAGAAAAAAGGGGGAGAUAUUGUCAUGGGAUGAUCAAUCGCCCAUUCAUAGGUUAAGGAACUACAUGGAAAUCCAGGGCUGGUGGGAUGAUGAACAAGAAUCUGCAUGGAAAGAAAAGUCAAAGAAAAAAGUAAUGGAAGCCUUUGCUCGAGCUGAGAAGAGAAAGAAGCCCAAUCCUGAGAUGUUAUUUACUGAUGUGUAUGACGAGAUGCCACCUCGAAUUCAAAAACAAAUGGAAUCUAUGAAAUCACAUUGUACACAAUUUAAAGAACAUUAUCCCUUUGAUGAUCAUGUACCAAUGACAUGAUGUUCACUUUUUAAAUCAAAACUUUUCAAGAAUCUCAUUGAAGCUGUUUUAAAAAUGGCAGGUUUCCAUGAAUGUGUACUAAUGUAUUGUAAGCACAGAGAUUAUGUUUUUGGAUUUAUUUUCUUUUUGAAAAUAUAUUGAAAUUAUGAAAAAUCUACCCCAAGUUUGCAACAGUGUUUAUAAAAUAACAGUUUUAAGUUUGCCUUUUCAGUUUAAACUUUUGAAGCUCAUUUGAUUUGAUGAGAGUAAAAAUGACAAUCAGAAUUUCAAAUAUUUUGUUGGAAAGUUAUUUCCAGAAGUAAGCAUUUUAAAAGUUGGAAUUGGUUAAUACAGGUAACAUAGUAACAAACCCUUUAUUCUUAAUCUCCUUCUUAAUUAUCUAGUCAAUAAUUUCAAAAGUUUAAGCAAGAAUAUAGAUUGCACUUUUUAUGUGAUCUUAAAAUACUUCUCUUUUUUAUGGCAUUUAUUAGGUAAAAUAGAUAUUUUAUAAUACUCCGAAUUAAUUCUUCUGAUUAAACAAGAAUGGAAAUAUACCAAGACUUUUGAGAAAUGUUCUUAUUGAGUGAUAUUGAAUAUUUUUGUAUAUUGUUGAGGAAUGUGUGCCAUUGUGAAGAUUGAUGUAGAAUUCUACUGUUGAUGAUAAAUGACAAUAAAUUUGAAUUUUUAUACUGUG